AUGACUACUCAGAGCACGCCCACGCCCCGACGGCGAGUCGCCCUGGUGCAAUACCCCCGCUCGCAGGACGAUGUCGUCAAGGCGCUGCGAAGGGCAUUCGAAUCUCACCCCGAAUGGUCGGUGCAGACGACCACUACAUCUGAUGAUCAGAUCGACUUGCAAUGGUCCGAUUAUGACUAUAUCGACUGGGACUUGGUGGAGGGGGCUCAGGGCAAGACUCGGCUCGUCAAUAGCUAUGUCAUCCGAAAGGGGUCAGUGUAUGCACGUGAUCGGUGAUCGAGCGUUCGCACAGGAGACUGAUUCAAAUGCGUCCGCACAUCACAGUCUAAUUCGCAAAAACCAUCUCUCACAUACGAUCGCACUAUACCUCUCCAAGAACCCGGCCUCCCCACUCGCCCGAGCCGCUCCACAAACCUUCUACUUCACCCUCUCUUUCGCCGACGAGCUUGACCAGCUGCUCGUAGAUGAGCUGUACGACGUGCAGCACUCGUUCGACACAGCCGAUCCGGGCAAACCAUCGUGGUGGAUCCUCAAGGCCGCAUUGGCCGACAAAGGGGUAGGCAUUCGUCUCUUUUCCGAUCGGCAUCAACUCGAGCAGAUUUUUCAGGAAUUCGAACCCGUCAGCAGCGACGAGGAGGAGGAAGAAGAAGACUACGACGAAGCUUUUGGUACAAAAGCAUACGGUACAGGUACCCGAGUCGACUCGUCCCAACUUCGAGAAUGGGUCGUACAGGUGAGUCCCAUUGGCUCUUUCUUACCUGGCGAGCACCGCAACUAACCUGCCCACCAUAGCGCUACGUUUCGAACCCCCUACUCUUCUCACCCUCCAACACCCCUUCAUCGCCAAGCUACAAAUUCCACCUCCGCGUCUACGUCGUUGCAUCAGGUGCACUCACAGUCCACGUGCACCAUCCUUUCCUCGCUCUCUUCGCACCAACACCUUACUCCACUCCCGAAUCCUCCGACAAGGUUGACCUUUCGGCCCAUCUUACCAACACCUGCUUGCAGACGACCAUCAUGGGGUCCCAGGCACUGCCCGAGUCGGUCAAUACGCUGCAAAAAAUGCAAGGGUAUACGAUACUCGGUGGCGCUCUGGAGGGGCAGAAGUUGACCCGAGAGCAGAUCACCAAGAUUGAGGAUAGCGUUGGAGAGGUCGUCGCUGAGCUGUUCAAAGCGGCCGUAGGCGCUGGGACAUCGUUUCAGGUAAGUGCAGAGCCUAAGAAUUUCCAGCUCAGACUUUUCGGAGACCUAAACCUCCUCGAACCGGGUUUGAUUGCAGGCAUUACCCAACGCAUUCGAGAUCUUUGGCUUGGAUUUCCUCGUCGAUGACGAACUUCGAGUCUCCCUCCUGGAGGUCAAUGCCGUGAGUCCCGCGCCGAAAGCCCUCGGAAAGAUUUCCCGCCUGACCAUUGCAGCGUUCCUCGAGUACAGUGCCCCGACUUUGGCCAAACAGGCCCCACCUUACAAUCAGUAAUCGACCACUUGUUCGCAUCUACAUUGGACGAGCUGGUGAUCCCCUACUUUACACGGCAGGAGCACAACCUUCCUACCUCAGAGGAGCCGCGGGAUGCCUCGGCUGAACCACAAACUCCGAGUAAAGCUUUACAAGGAUUAAUCUUGGAGGAGACGACACAGCCGGGACUAAGAAAGGUUUUAGCGAUGGAGAUUAGUAAAGCUUGGUCAUAA